AUGUACACAGCAUAUGCUGGAUCAUCGCUGUUUGGUCUCUCGGGAUUCUACUCGGAACUGAUGAAGGGUGUUGGAGCUGCCUCGCGUCUGUUCGAGCUACAAGACCGUGAGCCGACCAUCAGUCCUACAAAGGGUGAUCCUGUCAAGAGUGCUAGAGGCGACAUUGUCUUCAAGAACGUCAACUUUGCCUAUCCCACUCGUCCUGCAGUGCCCAUCUUCAACGAAUUGGACUUUACCAUCAAACAAGGCACUAAUGUUGCAAUCGUUGCUCCAUCAGGUGCUGGUAAGUCUACAGUUGCCAGUCUGAUCAUGCGAUUCUACACACCAGCGGAAGGACACAUCCUCAUUGGUGGACGCGAUAUCACCACUAUGAAUGCCAAGCAGUUAAGGAGAAAGAUUGGUUAUGUCGGCCAAGAGCCUGUUCUGUUCUCGGGCACUGUUGCUGAGAACAUUGCCUAUGGCCGACCUCUGGCGACUCGCGCCGAGAUCAUUGCUGCAGCACGCCAGGCGAACUGCCAGUUCAUCUCCGACUUCGUAAGCGCUCUUUCCAACCCACUGACCUGA